AUGGGGACGCUGGGGAAGGCGAUCUACACGGUGGGCUUCUGGAUCCGAGAGACGGGGCAGGCGAUCGACCGGCUCGGUAGCCGCCUCCAGGGAAGCUAUUACUUCCAGGAGCAAUGUAAAUACCACUCCUUCCUUGAUGAAUGCGUUUCUUUUUUAUCGCCCCUUUUUCUGUUCUUGUCCUUGUCUCGCUGAACCAAGCGCCGUGAGAUUCUGCUGUGUUGGGAACUAGGCUGGAAGUCUUAGGGUUAUGUUAUCUGAAAGAAAAUUGCCCCUGGCAAGAUGAGGCUGCAGUUUUUCGCCUAUGCUCGGUCAUAGUCUCUGGAAAGAAGUUCUCCUGUAGUCGGAUUCAAUGAAUGUAUUCAUUUAACUUGAGUUGUUGACCUGUGAAGGCUGGUUGGAGGGAUCAUGUCAUUAUUUACCCCCUCUUAGAGACCCGCAGUUUCCGACGACAUAUGAAAGGGGCAUAAAAUGAUGAUAUUCAUGGAUUACACUUCCAUCGGUUAUUCUUGUUAAAUUAUUCUACUGAACAAACUUUCGUUCUUCUUUGAAAUGCCAUUGAAUGAGUGAUUUUUGGGCACUUUAUCUUUGUCCUCUUUAUCUCAUGUGCUUGCAUAUCUCAUCAAUUAUUCGGAAUUGGUAUAUUCUAGACCUCAUCUCAUUGCAAAGUCGAAUCAAAGCAUAGGCGUAUCCUAAUUUUACCUAAUAUGAAGUGAAGGGUGGGGUCAGGUGUCCCUAACUUUCACAGCAAUGUCUACAGUAAAUUAUGUGUACUCGUCACAUAGGCAUCGCUGUCCUUUUUGAGACAUCUAGAAGUUCAGCAACUUUGGCAGAAAAUGUUCCCCGGCAUUUUCCCACUUCAUAUCCGUCAAUAUAGGGGGGAAUAAUUAUAAGGCAACGUCCUUAAUAAAAGUGUAGGUUAUGGGAACGCUUCACUUGAGAGAAUUGAUUAUGGAAGUAGACAAGAUGUCUGCCGAAAUUAAGCAGAUUUGAAGGAAUCUUUAAGACUUCAACAGAACCAACGCUCCCUUUUCCAUCUUCAACUGCUCACAUAUGCCUAAUAAUAUGGAUAUGGAAGCAAAAAUUGCAUUGAUUGGUCUUUGCCCAGUGUAAUGCUAGCCAAGACAAGCCAGUAUAUCAGUAAGGUAUGAAACUCUCUUAAAUCCAGUCUGUUCACGCUGAACCUUGUUAACCUGUCCUCAAUCAGAAUAUGAUUUUAUGAUCUAUGCUUCUAUCUUCUGUUUAUUAUCCUCUAUAAUUCAUGCCAGGCGAACCUAGGUUUUCUUUUGCUUCAUUUUCUUUCAACAUCUCGUCUUUGUUCAUGUGAGAAAAACAAAUACACACUUUUGCGAGGGAAAUGUUGCUGCCGUAUCUCAAGCCAUUGUCAACAGCAUUAUCAUGUUGAUCCUGGUUUAGAAGUUGUAUUGUGCCUGCAGAUAGGAUCCUCCGGACAGAAAAUGCGAGCCCCUGAGGUUGCUUACAAUUGUGAUGAUGGCAAUAGGAGUCCACAAUGGAAGGAUGACCUCUUAUGCGAGUAGUUUUGGUAUCAGUAAGAUUUCUUUUGAUAAUUGAACGAGGUGCUAAAUUAUUGACUCAUUUUUCAAAGUAGCUGUCAACAGGAUGACUAUCUCCUUGGCAUUAGCUUGUUAUGGGAAAAAUUAUACAGGAGGGCAUCCCAUUAGACCAUAACUCAAAUUCGCCUGUUUGUAUUUCUUUGUCGUAAUGCCAUGAAGUCUAUGAAACCCAGAAAUCACUCGGGUCUUUUUAUGGUACGUUCUAGGAAUGAUUCAUGUGACCUCGUGAGAAACUAUGAGCCACCAGCUCAUGGAGAGAUUAUAUUUUCAAGGUAGAUGGAAACUUGAUUGAGUUUAAGGUUUUAUAUGUCAGUGAUGUAAUUUAUUUAGUUUUCAUGAACAUCUGUAGGGAAAGAAACUUCUAAGAUUAUGAGAUAAAGGGCAGUAACGAAAAAUUAUUUCUGAUUGUGAUUGUUCAAGAUCAAAGUUUAACUGACAACUAUUUCUGGUUUUUUUUUUUAAAUUUACUUUUUGGCGAUUGAUUGGUGGAAGAUAUCUACGCAGUGCUCAUCUUUUCUUAAAAGUCAUGUUUACUGCUCUUAACUCUUCUUAUGCCAUUGAGGCGAGGCAGAAUUUUAUUCAUCUUCUGCUUGGGAUCUGUUAUUUUUUGUAUUUUUUAUUUUUCAAUCUUAUCUUUUAACAGAUUUUUGAUAUUAUGUAAAUGCUAUUAAGGACCGUCCUACUUUCUAUGAUGUUUGAUACUGUUAAUUGCUACAUUUUGAAACUGGGAUGAAAUGCUGAUGUCAUUGAAGUACGUGAUAUUCCCUUGAAGAUUAAUUGGUUGUCAGCACACAUUUUUCUCCGUAGCAUUCAUGAGAUCUGGAUGGUUGAAGCUUGGACUUCAGGGUUACCAUGAAUAUUCUGAAAACUGAGAUUGAAAGGAUUUAUAGUUUGGAAUUUUUAUGUCAUUUUAUUAUUUCUUGCAUUUUCUCUCGUAUAGCUGCAUGCAUAAAACUGUAUUUGAACUUUAUGUUUCAGCCCUAGGCACAACUAAUAUCUUUGAACUUAUUCCAAUAUGAUGAAGAAACAAAUGUUGUUAGGUAUUCUUCCCAUGCGAAGUAUGACAUUUGCAGCGAAUCUUGCCCAAUUUGGCUAACUCUUAUGGUUGUAGCGGCAAGGGUUUAUACCUCAUCAAUGAAGAUAGCUUUAGGAUUUAGGGGUUCGGAAGAGGUUUUGAUUACUCGUAAAUAAUCUGAUGCCUAAUCGUUCCUCACCUUUCCUUCUUCCCGCUGUAUAAUUUUGAUAAUUUACAUUUUUCGCCAUUGUUCCCAAUAUAGUAAAACAAGCUCGUCUUCUUGCUUUUGCUCUUCCCCAAUUUCUGUCAAGGUUUUGGUUAGCCGCUAGUAUGACAUUAUUUAUCGGCUGCUAGCCUUGUAUAUUUAAGUGCAACUGCACGGGGCCAAACGACACUAUAACAAAUUCUUUGCACGGAUAGUGGCCGUUGUUUAGAUUAUUUGAUAUACCCGUAGCAGAGAUUUGAUCCUUUAAGCGCUAAUGUUUUCUCCGUUUUUUUAAUGAGACACACAUGGGCCAGAUUGUACGAUCCCACUUACGAAAUGUUGAGGUGAACAAUUGAUUGUGGAGGAGCCAUGCUACAAGGCUGAAAAAAAGUCGUCAUUGCUUGCAGACAGAAAGUUUGUUUAUCUGGACGAUACGCUUGAAAGAAACCUCAAAUCAUCUGAAUAAGGACCAUGGAAUCCUAUAUUAUGUAGUAAGUCUAGUAGCGGACUUAAACUCUUGGAGCAUGGUAUGAGUUGCAAUAUUUGGAGUUGCUGAUGAAACUUGGUGUGUAGAUUGGAGUGGGUAGCAUUCCAUUAUUUCUAUGUUGUGAGAGAUUUUAUCUACUUUUAUAAGGAAUGUAGAACUCUCUGCGUGUCGAUGCAAUGCUUUUUCAAUGGAUGAUGAACCUGUUCAUUCUUUAACAUAGUUAUCCUUUAUUGAUGAUGUGUUAUCAUCCUAUUUACAAAAACAUGCUUAAUAGCAUAUCGGGUUGAUCCUCGUUUAAUGUUCAUUGACAUAUGUUUUUCUGUUCGAUUUGACAUUGACGGAUGCGCAUAUCAUUUUCAGUGUCCAGGCAUCGGACUCUCAUGAACAUAUUUGAUAAAGUCCCCAAUGUUGAUAAGGAGGCCUUUGUGGCUCCAAGUGCUUCAGUUAUUGGGGAUGUUCAGGUCGGACGUGGGUCUUCAAUCUGGUACGGGUGUGUUUUAAGAGGUAUGGUAGUACUUAUUUUAAGCUGAUAAAUACGUUCGAUUUCUUCAUUACGAUAUAUGGAUUGUCUGUCGGGGAUGUUUGUUUUCCUCAUUCGUAUAAAAUGCUACAUUCCUGAUGUCAUGACAUAAAUGACUAACGUACAGUGUUCUUUACAAUGCGAGACAUAAAUGACUAACGUACAUGUUCAACAUAGAAAAAAAUGCGAAAUAGACUUGACUCUCCACUGGCAUGGUGAAGAGAGGAUAUUCUCAGAUAUUUUGGGCUUCAUAUUGUUCUAUAGUACUUCAUGAAAGGAAUUAAGUGCUUUUAAGGGGGUUUUUUCUUUUUCAGCCAUUCUCUUUUGGAAGGGGCCAAUAUCGUGUUCUUUGUUGAAAGAAAAACGUUUUGUGAAAGCAGAGCCGAUCCUUCCUGAUUCCCUCAAUUGACCAAGCAGAGAGUUAUCGCAAAGGCUUGUUAUUUGUAUGUAUACGGCCAGUGAGUCUCAUUUAACCUUCGAGUCGUGAUAUCCAUCCAUCAAAUUCUAAUCUUGUUGAAACAAAAUUUCUUCUAUCAGGUAUGCAAUUAAAUAGAUUUCUUUAAUAUUUUACAUCAUGAUAAAACUAGCCAAUGACAAGAGAACCGUGUAUCUUAAUCCGAGGAGAGCCGUUUUCAAUGGAAUAAAAAUGAACUGGCAAUCUGUAUUUAGGUAGGCCCUGUUGCUUUUGAGCUUUGAACAUGAAAAUUCAACUCUUUUUUUUUUACUGCUGAUGUUCUCACAUGAUAUGUUGACAAAGAUUUCUUAAAGACAAUAGGUCUGUCGUUAUGAGAUAAAUUCUUAUUUUUCCAUAUUUUUUCCAUGAUACUUUUGAGCGUUGCAUUUUUUUCCUUUUCUUCUCUUUUUUUCUGGGAAAUCACACCCUGAAAAGUGAGAUUAUGUUAUUUUCCCCAUUUUUCAUCAAGAAAAUGAUUUAGACUGGCCUCUCAACAUUUCCCAAUAAAUAUUAGUUUCCGCUUUGUACCGAAUGUCAUCACCUUGUCUUUAGGGAAAUAUUUAAUUUUCCCAGAAGGAAUGAAAGACAACUUUCAUCAUACUUUACAACAGCUGGUAUAAAAAAUGCUCGCUUUUUGGGUUGUGAUUGAUUUUGGACAAUGAGUCAGUCGAUCCCGCCUCAACCUUUCUGCGUGAGUUAUAGAUCGCCAGGGUCAAAAGUCAAAGGUAAAAUGCUGGGGAUGGUGUAACCCACCCUCUGGUUGAAGAUCAAUCUCAUGGAGGGAUAAUAAACAUAUAUCAUGCACCAAAGCUCGCUCCAUUUACUUUCCAAAAUCUAAAUGCUCCCGCACCCCUUCCCCAAGAAAAUCUUACGUGUGUGGUCCGAAACAGGGACUCCUCGAAUAGGACAAUGACCAUAGCUUACAUCGGCCCGCUUUGCUAUCUGCCGAACAAAUGGAACGCCGUGUGUUAUUCUUCGUCCUGGGUGUUCUUGGAUCUUCAUGGGCACGUCCCCCCUUGUCCUCUGUGAUGUGGGAUCAUAGUGACCUUGAAUUGAAGCAACCGUAAUAUUUCAGUGGCAUCCGAUGCGCCAAGGCUGACACUUCCGUUGCAAAUCGUUCAUCCUCCAGGUGACGUGAACAGCAUCAGAGUUGGGUCUGGGACCAACAUACAGGAUAAUUCUCUGGUCCACGUCGCCAAGUCUAAUCUCGCUGGAAAGGUCCUGCCCACCAUAAUCGGCGACAAUGUCACCGUCGGUAAGCAAAAGCAGAGCACCCACCUUUUUGACUGAUGCUGCUGCCAUGGUGGAGCUGACGAGAAGUGGGAUGGAUCUUGGUGUUUUUUCUUUGCAUACAGGGCACGGCGCCACCCUGCACGGAUGCAUCGUCGAAGACGAGGCCUUUGUGGGCAUGGGCGCCGUCCUGCUCGACGGGGUUGUGGUCGAGAAGAAUGGGAUGGUCGCCGCCGGAGCCCUCGUGAGGCAGAACACCAGGAUCCCCACCGGAGAGGUUGGUCUCGUCCCUUCCCCUGUUUCCGGUCCCUCUGUGUUACGGUGGUCUCUCUUCUUCUUCUUCUCUCUCUCUAUCUCUGUCUCUCUGUCUCUCUUGUGAGGGUGAUUAUGAUGAUGAUUCGGUAGAGGUGGUGCGUUUGUGGGUAUGUGCGCAGGUGUGGGGGGGGAAUCCGGCGAGGUUUCUGAGGCGGCUGACGGAGGAGGAGCUCGCGUUCAUCGCGCAGUCGGCGGCGAACUACGGGAACCUGGCGCAGGUGCACGCGGCCGAGAACGUCAAGGGGUUCGAGGAGAUCGAGCUGGAGAAGGCCCUGCGCAAGAAGUUCGCCCGCCGGGACGAGGAGUACGAUUCCAUGCUCGGCGUCGUCCGGGAGGUGCCCCCCCAGCUCAUCCUCCCCGACAGCGUCCUCCCCGCCAAGUCACCCAAGCCGGCCCUCUGA